AUGACCUUUUUUAUAAAAAACUUAGAACCUAGAGUUGAACAGUUAGAAUAUAAUACAACAUUAGUAAUGUGCGACACAACAGUUGGAAAUAUUUUCAAACAGUUGAUGGUAGAAAAUCCAACUGUAUUAGAUAAUAUAAAAUGUACUACCACUACUUGUAACAAAACAACUAAUUGUCCAAUUCCUGUACCUUAUAUUACUUUACAUAUUACAAAUGGUAAUUUAAAUUCACUCGAGGACGAAAUAAAACAAAGAUUAUUAACCGAAAAUACCACAUGUCAUAAUGUCGAUAAAAACGGGAUAACAUGUAAAGGUAUAAAAACUAUUCAACCAAUCGCUUCAUCGAUGCAUCUAUUAAUCGAACUACUUAAUUGGGAAGAAGAUGCAGUCUACAAGGAUUCAAGUACAGAGGUUGCGCAACAAGUGCAAGUAUGUUUGGAAAAUGUGCCUCCAGUGAUAACUAUUAAUAACAUAAAGUAUGAACUGAGGGGCAUAUGUUCACAUAGACACGGGAUGAGUAGAUUAAGACAUAGUAUUGGACAUUAUCAAUCUUACUGUAAGCGAAAUCAUACGAACAAUUGGGAACUUUAUGACGACUUAAAAUCUAAACCUGUACCACUAUCUGAGUCAAAUUUAUUCUUUCCGGGCUUUAAGAUUGGGAUAACAAAAGCAUGUUUCCAAAGCUUAGGGAUUUGUCCGCUGUCCCAAAUUUUAUUAAAUAAGCGGAGCAUGAAGUGGAUUGCUGACUUAGGCUAA